AUGCAUAGCAAAGUUGACUUUAAUCCUUCGUUUCAGUUCGAUGCAGGGGAUUUUUUGUCCCCAUCCACUGUCUUGACGGAGCCGGCGUUGAAUUUGUUUCAAACUAACUUCGAAGUUGACAAAUUAAUUGACGAAUUUCGCGCUAAAAACUCUGCUGAGCUUUCGGAUUUUUCAAGUGAAGGAUUUGACGUUGAAGAAUCUUCAUGUCGCGUAGAGUGCAGUGAUUUCGGUUCCCUACGUAAUAAAUAUAAAAGUAAAGGCAAUAAACGUAAUGAUUCAGAAGAUAACGCCUUUGAAGAGCACUAUGAAUUCACCCAAUCUGUGAUGGAGUAUGCUGAAGUUGAGUCGUUUCUCUCGUUUAAACUCUCUAAACCCCUCUUGAAGUCUCUUACCGCGAUGAAAAUCUUUAAGCCGACGCCUAUACAGUGUGCGUGCAUCCCCUUAGGAUUGCUUAAUCGUGACAUUUGUGCUUGUGCACAAACCGGUUCGGGGAAAACUUUGGCUUUUUUGCUUCCUGUUGUUGAGCGGAUGGUAUUCGCGCCAAUUGCUUCCCGUAGCACUACGAAGGCUCUUAUUAUAAGUCCAACUCGUGAAUUGGCUGUUCAGAUUUUCAAAGUGGCUGAACAUCUGGUUAAGCAUUGUCCACGACUGAAGAUUCAGCUGGCAGCAGGUGGACUGGACUUAUCUUCGCAGGAAGUCAAUUUACGCAGGAAUCCUGAUAUUGUUGUGGCAACUCCAGGUCGGCUUAUAGACCAUCUCUCCAACGCGCCGAGUUUCACACUGAGUGGGAUCGAAUAUUUGGUUUUAGAUGAGGCUGAUAAGCUUCUUGAUGAAUAUUUUACCGAACAAAUAAAGGAAAUUGUCCGACAUUGCAGUUCUCACCGGCAGACCCUGCUGUUCUCAGCAACGAUGACUGAAACGGUGCGCGAGUUGGCGACGGUGUCACUGAAAAAUCCCGUGCGUAUUUUUCUCAACCAGUCCACAGCAGUGGCCAACCGGCUAGAACAGGAGUUUGUACGUAUUCGGCCACACCGUGAGGGAGAUCGAGACGCUAUUUUGGCGGCAUUGCUGGUGCGCUCCUUUCCGUGCCGCACCAUUGUCUUCCUACCCACCAAGAAGGACUGCCAUCGCAUCCAUAUCCUCCUUGGAUUAAUAGGCGUUAAGUGUGCUGAGCUGCAUGGGGACAUGAACCAGGCACAACGCUUGGAGGCCCUGCGACGUUUCACUGAUGCCGAAGCCCUGAAGUUAGAGGCCAUGAACAAGGCAGCCAUGGAGACUUCUAACGUUCAGAAAUGCCCUCUGCCCCCUCCUGCUGAUGUUCUUCUGGCCACUGACUUGGCUGCUCGUGGUCUGGACAUUCCAGGCGUUCAGGCUGUUGUAAACUACAAACUUCCGAACACUAUCAAGUCCUAUGUGCAUCGCGUUGGCCGAACUGCUCGUGCUUCCAACUCGGGUCGUGCUGUGUCUUUGGCUGGUGAAUCGGACAGAAAGUUGCUCAAAGAAAUAGUUAAGGACGCUCCCUGUCCUGUUAAAGCGCGCGUUAUACCACAAGAAGUUAUCGCCCGUUUUAAGGCCCGCAUAGACAAGGUAAAGCCGUUCAUGGAGGAAAUUUUGGCUACGGAAUUGGAGGAGCGUGAGCUGAAUGCGGCACAGGCGCAGCUGGCGAAGGCGGAGAGUCUGGCGCUGCGUGACGGUGCGGAGGCGUCCGUCACCAGACCAAAGCGGGUCAACUGGUUCUCAGAGAAACGCGAUGCGAAGAGAGCAAAACGAACCAAAGGAGGUAACAAGAAGGGGCCCAACAAACGGCAUCGCAAGGAGUGA